GGACGGCACCAUUCAACCUGAAUUAUCUCCAUUUCACAUGCAAGAACGUUCAGAUGAGGCUCUGCCGCAUCGGGGGAUUGCUCAUCAGUCUGACGGGGGAUGCGACCGUCAAGCCCCUCCCAGGUAGUAAUCCUCUGAACGGAUCUAUCGGAGCCAUCUACACAGACUAUUGUCGGCUAGUAAAGAUACCAGCUAUCUGGACUGCAUGUUGUUGGGGGGGCUAGAGUUGAUGGAAGACCGUGCGCGCCUUGACCAGCAGGGUUCGCGUUGGUGGAAGAUAGGAGUGUGGCUGUCGC